AAGCACCGUGUGCCGCUGGCUUUACUGCGCUCUGGCUUAAUGUAGUAUAUUCACCUGAGAUAGGGUGUCGUAAUUCAAGAAAGGAGAAAGCAGUAAAUUUGAAAAAAUAAGUAACACUAACAUAGUAUAUUAAUUCAAUUAAUUUCAGCUUAUUUUUAGUUGUUUAUUUGAACAUAACUAAAAUGGUUGGUACAAACCUUAAAAAUAUUAACGAGAACGUAUUGAAACUAAUAAAUAAUAUCCAUUAUGGAAAAAUUAAAGGUUCUUAUAACAUCGUAGUGACUACUAUUUCUGUAUUCAAGGAAAUGAUUAAUAAUGCAGAAUGGAGCACAGCAAAAGAUUUAAUGGAUAUCAUCAUAGAAAAUGGAAAAUAUUUAACCAAAGAAUGUCCUCUUGAAGCUUGCAUUGGGAACAUGGUGAGAAGAAUAUUACAAAUCAUCAGGGAAGAAUAUACAUCAGAAUUAAAAAAUAAAACGGAUGAGACAGAUCCUCAGGAAUCUUUGCAUAAGAUUCUUACUGCAGAAAGUGAUCAACAGAUUGACUUUAAUGUUCCAGUGCCUUCUUUAAAAUCUGCUCUUAUUGAACAUAUUAAUGAAUUUGAAACUGAAUUAGAAACAUGUUCAGAAAAUAUCAUACAACAAGCCUCUGAACAUAUACAUUCGAACGAGAUUAUAAUGACUAUCGGAAAAUCAAAAUUAGUAGAAGAGUUUUUUAAAAGAGCUGCUACUACCAGAGCUUUUGAAGUGAUAGUGGCAGAGGGUGGGCCUCUUUUAACUGGACAUGAAAUGGCAGUGAAUUUAGCUAAGGCAAAAAUCAAAACCACACUCAUUUCGGAUGUAGCCAUUUUCGCAAUGAUGUCACGAGUUAAUAAAGUCAUAAUCGGCACUGAUACCGUUAUGGCAAAUGGUGGACUCAGGGCGAUUUCAGGAUCACAUACAGUAGCACAAGCAGCUAAACAUUAUUCUGUUCCAGUGAUGGUCUUAUUACCUCUAUAUAAGUUAUCAUCUCUUUAUCUUUGUUCAUAUAAACAAGAUAGUUUUAACAGACACAUUUCACCUUUUAUGGGCCUAGUCGAAAGUAACAAUGCACAAUUGCUACAGAAGAUACAAGCAUAUAAUCCUAUGUUCGAUUAUGUGCCACCAGAUCUGGUUACAUUGUUUAUCUCAAAUACAGGUGGAAAUGCACCGUCUUACAUAUAUAGGCUACUGAGUGAAUUGUAUCAUCCUGAUGACUAUGAUUUAUAAAUUGUUCAUCUGCUCAAUGUGAUACCACAUGCAAUUUAUUUUUCUUGUAUUAUUGCAAUUAUCAUACCUGAUCACAUAGUUUAUUUACAAAUAAAUUACAAAUUAUAUACAAAAGAGAUUGCUUGUCUCUUUUAAGUAAUAAGAUGUUAUACAUAUGGAUUCCAGUUACUACCAUCCUCAGGUUGUAAGGAAUUUGUUACUAAUAAAAUGAUGUCUACAAUCCACCACA